UAAACAUACUAUAUGCAUAUAAAUAUAAAUUAUCUUUCGGGGGGUCAUAUUCUAAAGUAAAGACUACUGUUUGUCUUUUUUUUACACCGAAAAAAAUAUAUAUAUAUUAAAAAGAAAACCAUAAAUUCAUUUAUAUAAAUAAAAUAUAGAUUCAUACAUUUUAAGUUGUGUAGUUUGUAAAGAAAAUGUUUUCUUCGAAUAUUAUUAUAAACAAGCAACAGAUUGUACAUUAAAAUGACGUGUAACCACUGAACGAAGUCUGUAUAUAAUUAGAAUACGUACGUUUGGUGUCAAAAAAAAGAAAAAAAAAUGGUUCAACUAUGUGGAAUAAGUUGUAUUAAAAGAGAAACUACAUUUCAGAUAAUUUUCAGUGUAUUAGCAUUAAUUAAUUUAGUACCAGCAGGAAUGACUGUUGGAUAUUCUUCAAUUGCUCUACCUUAUUUAAAUGAUACACAUGAUAUAAAUUUAACAAAUCAGGAACCAACAAUAUUUGCAUCAAUACCGUCAAUAUUUAUGUUGAUCGGUUGUGUAACAAGCAUCUAUACCAUGACCUUUGGAAGAAGAAUAGCAAUUACCUCCGGAAGUUUGACGAAUAUUAUUGGAUGGACAGUUAUAGCAUCAAGCUAUAACAUACCACAAUUAUUAAUAGGACGAAUAAUAGCAGGAUUUGCUAUGGGAUUAUGUACAGUACCUGGUGUAGCAUAUAUUUCCGAAAUGACAACAAUUAAACUUUCACCUACACUCAAUUCUUGUUCUAGUCUUUUUAUCUCCCUAGGGACAUUAUUCAUAUAUUUUCUUGGCUACAUUAUUGAGGGAAAUUGGCGACUUGUAGCAUGUUUUCCAAUUUUAGUCUCUCUAUUAUCAACAUUAUUAACUAUUAUUUAUCUACCCGAAAGUCCACGUUGGCUUUUAAUUCAAAAUCAAGAGGAAAAAGCAAAACAAUCACUAUUAAAAUUACGUGGAUUAAAAAAUAAAUCAAUUAAAUUUGAAAAUGAAUUUACAAAUAUGAUUUUAUACAACGAAUCAAAAUAUGGUAAAAAAAAUCAACUCAAUACUGUAUCAAUCACUUUGGAUAGUGAUAAUAAAAAUUUUGAAAUAAUAUCACUGAAUCAUAGUGAGGGAAACAUUUUUCAGAAAUUAUCAUCAAAUAUCGUCUAUUUAAUGGAAAUGUUUAAAAUAUCUGAAGUUUGGAAACCAUUUUUAAUACUUAAUACAUUUUUCUUUUUUCAACAAUUUUGUGGAAUUUAUGUUGUUAAUGCAUAUGCUGUGAAAUUAGUGUCAAAAACAGGAAUUACACAAGAUCCAUUUCAAGUAACAGUGAUAAUUGGAAUUUUACAAAUAUUUGGUGAACUUGGACAAAUAUUAACCAGCAGCAGAUUGGGUCGAAGAAAAACGGCAAUUAUUUCAGGUGUUGGAAUGACAAUAUCAAUAACAACUCUUGGUGUUUAUAAUCAAUUUUUUCUAUCUAAUGAAUUAUCGACAAUUCCAUUAGUUUGCAUUUUUAUAUUUGUGACUUUAGGAACUUUUGGUUUUGUCAAUUUACCAUGGUCAAUGAUUGGCGAACUUUAUCCAACAAGAUAUGUUCAUAUUUUAGGACCAAUCACAACUUGUUUUUGUGGAUUAUUUAAUUUUUCAACAAUUUAUUUAUAUCCAACUCUCGAGAAAUUAAGUCCAAUUUUUGCAAUUUAUUUUUAUAGUUUUUGUUCAUUUUGUGCGACGAUUUUUAUUAUAUUCACAUUACCGGAAACAGUGGGAAAAUCAAAAAUGGAAAUAGAAAAACAAUUUAAAAAAAGGGAAAUUAAUUGAGAAAAAAGAGGAAAUAUAUUUUUUUUUUUUUUGAAAAAAAGGAAAUAAUUUUAAAUUUAAUACUCGAAUAUAUUGUUAGCGCUACAUCCAGAGAAAUGUUUUAUUUGAACCAAAUAUGUAUAAUAUAUUUGAGUUAAAUAUA